GCGGUUUUUCCUCUGGACGGAAAAGCAUUCGCACUCCUGCUACUGUCAGCAGUGCUGCAGUGUUGUUAAGUUUUUUUUUUUGUUGCACUUUGGCUACAAGGAAACAUUCUUGCAGGUGAAGUGAGGUUCGAGUCAGUGUGGGACAUAGACAGUGAUGGGGGGACAGCCAGAUCACCACCAUCAUGGAAACUGAAGAUGACGUCCCGCAUCCUGCUCAGUUUAACGAUGACACUGUUUCUGUAAAAGGCUUAAAGCAGAAGUGGCAGAUGUGGUCUGACGAGCACCGGGAGCACCAGAAGCACAACCCCUUCAGUCAUGACGCUAGGCCGUGUGUGGUGGUCCCUCAGAGGGGGCAGGACCACUAUGGGAGACCCCUGCAGGGGUCCAUGACGGAGCGGCGGGGGAAGGAUGCUCACACACACAUCAGCAGAGAGGUUGAGGAGCUGUGUGAAGUGAUAAGGAACAUUGGAGAGCCAAGAGACAAAGAUGGGGAUGGAAGUGGCAGCAAAGGCAGAGUUAUCACUGUUGAGUUUGGGAAACUGUUUGAGCAUUAUGUGAGCAUCUCUAACAAACUGGUGGGGAUUCUUCUUAGAGCGAGGAAGCAGAGGCUGGUUGACUUUGAGGGGGAGAUGCUGUGGCAGGGGAAGGAUGACCAUGCAGUUGUCACUCUGUUGCAGUGAUCAGAGACUUGGAUUGGUGUUUAUGCCUUGAUUCAUGUUACAGACAUGAAUGUGCAUGCAGUGGCAGAUUUGGAGCUACAUCAUGGCAGCACUCACUUUGGUAUUCAGAUAGCAGAGGUACUGCAGAAAUUGUACUCUUGUUAAGAUAAAAAGAUAGGUCUAUAAGUGGAAAAUAAUUCACACUUCUUUCCCGAGGAGUGUACAUUUGACUUACUAAUGCAUUUUCUCCUCAUGCUAAAAUAAAAAAACAAGGUAUUAAAACAGUUUUUUAAGUGUGGAUAUAUGCAGGGGAUAGAAAAAUGAAUGUAAAAACCUGAAAUGAAUGCAGUGACAUGGUUAAUCACAAUAACAAAAACAAAAUGUCCAGGUAGCAGGUGAAAUGCCAAUUAGCAGCAUUUGUCAGAAAGCAAAGAGGUUAUCAAU